GCUGAACGGGAUAGAAAACGGGUACGCAAUCGUGUCCGCAUAGUAACAGUACUGGGACUAUUGUUGACCAUUGUUGGCCUAUUGCUUGGAUUAGGUAUGCCAUGGCUAGUGAGGACAGUCAUCAAAAGUCAGAUGUAUAUCAGCAAAGGUUUCAGUCCGAUUAGAUAUGCGCUCGAGUUUAGCAAUGGACAACUGCCCGAACAUAUCGGUGUGUACAUCAAGUUUUGUAUAUUUAGUAUACAAAAUCCACGGGAGUUUAGUGCCGGUGCCCGGGCCAGGCUCAGGGAGAUGGGUCCCUAUGUCUAUCGGUUAAGAGGACAGAUCAAAAUAAUGGACUGG